AUGGGCGAACCUGGCUGGUGGUGCUGCUGUUGCUGCUGCUGCUGUAGGGAGAAGCCGGCCCCACCGCCACCGCCGCAGCCGGUGGUGGUCGCGAUGCACAACGGGCACCCCGGCUUCCUCAGACCCGCCUUCCAACCCAUCACCACGCAGCCACCUGGGACCAUCACCACGACCACGACCGUGCUCACCAGCAGGCAGCUGCCUCCGACAGCCUACGUCGCAACCAGUCCACCGCUAAUCAUCAGAGAAAAUCGUCAACGUAUUCGCGAACCGCUUCCCAUUCCAAGACCCAGACCUCAACCAGCGUCAGACGGGGCCGCCUCUGCUCCAGCGCCGUCUGCACCACCGGCUCCAGAUGCAACAGAGUACUACUGGACGAAGACACGGCUGGCCCACACGGAGCCUUCGGUGAUGGUCAGCAACGGCUUCUACGCCGGGCGAGUGGUCGCUGGUAGGGACACCCUGCCCGCCAUCUUGGAGACCAAGAAGCAGGUGGACCCUCGCUCUGGAGUCCUGCUGGAACACUUCGUCGCGGCCCACUUCUUCUACAAGAACCAGGCCGGCUCCAGCGAGGACUUCGAGGUGCUCUCGUGCCGCAAGACUUCCUGGCAACCAGCCAUGGGCGGCUACGUGGCUCCAGAGAACGCCAUCGUCUGCGGAAGAACGGCCUCUGGAAGGCCGCUGUACUUCGGAAGGGCAUUCGACGAAGGGAAAUACCACUUCGGAACGGCUGACCCCGAAGACGGCCUGCUCUACAGCAUGGCGAACGGCGGCACGUGGUACGGGUGCGUCCGCACCUCCCAAAACUUCGACAUCCUCGUCGCUGCCUGA